UGUGUGAUGCUCUAUAUGUUAUGCAAGUGCAGUAGCUUAGACUGUGUGAAGCUCUAUGUGUUAUGUGAGUGUAGUAUUUGUCAUUGUGUGAAGCUCUAUGUGUUAUGUGAGUGUAGUAUUUGUCAUUGUGUGAAGCUCUAUGUGUUAUGUGAGUGUAGUAUUUGUCAUUGUGUGAAGCUCUAUGUGUUGUGUGAGUGUAGUAUUUGUCAUUGUGUGAAGCUCUAUUGUAGUAUUUGUCAUUGUGUGAAGCUCUAUGUGAUAUGUGAGUGUAGUAUUUGUCAUUGUGUGAAGCUCUAUAUGUUUUGUGAGUGUAAUAUUUGUCAUUGUGUGAAGCUCUAUGUGUUAUGUGAAGUGUAA